CACCCGACCACCUCCCCGCAAAGCCCCUUCCCACGGCGGCUAUCCUACUCCUUUCCAGAUUCAGUUGUCUUUGAACCUUCAUUCUCUUUCAUCAUAAGCAUCUGCGAUGUGAAUGAAGCAACUCGUUUACGCUAGACGUGCCAGUCCAGGCUCGCAAGGAAGUAUCGUGCAGCCUGCGAGACACCCGCGCGCACCAUUACCGCCUGAUGCCGUGCGGGGAGUAGUCGCCAAACCGUCUCACAUCGAGCUCGGACUUGGGUACAACGAAUCCCGUCCAAAACGCCAGCACAAGCCUACUGCCCCCAUUGCCGGUCCUGGCGCCCUGCCUCGCUUCAUGUGACCAAAAUCGGGACAUCGAUCAGAGGUGACAUCACAAUCAGUUUAUGGACGCUUCGCCGACAUACGGAAGCUCCCAAUGAAAAGAAGUACACGCUGGGCGGCUGAUAUCUCGCCGGCGAGGUACCAUUGGUGA